AUCUCUGCUAUCUACGGUUCUGCAGAAUACAAUUUGGGAUUGAGAAAGAACGCUAGAUUUGACAAAGGUACGUGACCUAUAUCAGUUAUAACUUCUUCAUUUUGUUACCUAUUAAUUAAGAGUAUCAAACUCUACAUGAACAUUACAUCAGCACAACAAAAAACUAAGCUUUAAAAGUUUGACAUAUUCCAGGAGGAAGGGCAUUACCUCCAAGUAAUAGGGUUACGGGGAAGUUUCACUGCCUGGGGUCGCUUUUUACGAUUGGAUUACUGACGUGGGGUAGGGGAUCUGAGAGGCCAGCGGCACAUACCCAACACAAAUUGACCCAAGUACCCCUCCCGAGACCUUUCUGUCCAUUUUUGUUUCAGCCGUAAAAAAAUUGUCUCAAACUAUUUAAAAAAAUGGUUAUUUGUAACUUAUGAGGUCAAUUUGUACUGGCGUGAAAUUUUCAAUAUGUGAUGAAAAUAAAUCUCAGUUUACGUGCUCGAUAUUCUGAUAUUAUUUUUUAGAAAAGAAACACAGAAAUUUUGAGGAGAUCUACGAGCUUCUGUCUUCGAAUCAAAUCAGUGGUGUUCUCAUCGAUGGCUACGUUGUCGGGAGCAGAAAAAAUCUCUUCGAGAAAACAUUCCUGAGAAUUUACAGAGUUUACGAUUACUCUUCUGUGUAUGGUGUAGUGACCGGGGGCAACUCGACAAAACUUGGCAAAUGUUUCCGUGACUACAUACAACAGAACAUUGCCUUGAUUUUUCAACAUGUAGCAGAAAAUGUAGAGGCUAUUCAGGUAUUUUAAUAUUAAUAAUAUACAUGAAAAAUUACGCACGUCUCAUUGGCCGAAAACGAGUACAUUUUUUAUAUAACACGGGUGCAAAGUUGUAACAUGAGUGCAAAUAACAAAUAGCGCGCGCGCUGCCAAAAUUUCGUCCGUCUUGACUUUCUGUGAUGCGUUGUCAUGUAAAUUAUUAACAUGUAAAAAGAUGAUUUCUCCUGCAACUUGGUGCAAAUAGGCACUUGUAAAUUUUUCAAAGACUACAAAUUGCACUCGUACUAACGGCUCGUGCUCUUUUCACCGAAUUGCACCCGAGAUCAUGAUGUUACCUAGACAAAUCUCUCAGGUGGGAGAGCAUAAUCAGCUCGUGUUCUUAUCUUCUCACCACAUUUGAGCUCUGCGUGAGUUUUGCCACGAAAAUUAACCUCUAAACAUUGUGCCCGUCGCGCCAGAUCUUCUGCAGACCUCUCACACGCAUGCACGCUUCGCUCGCUGGCUCCCAUCUCGCGAGCUUUGUUGCUAGUGCUGCAACGCCAAUGUGAGCCUACUUGCAACACAGCGUUUAAAACUCUGCGCACGUGCAAACGUUGUCACGGUUAAGUGACGUGCUUCCAGGCUGUUAGAGUGAUCAUCGGGAUAUUAACCUUCCCUGGAAUAGGAGGGGAGAAAGGAAAGAACCUCUCUUUAUCACCCCGUUGUCUUCUAUUUGAUCGUGUUUUUUUGUCGGAAUUGAUCAGCUAUUCACUAAACUGUUUAAGUAAUUUUCAGUUUAAAGUUCAAAGUAUUCCACAAUUACUUUGGUUUUUCUUAAUUCCCUUGGUAAUUUGUCUAGAUAGGUCACACCAUCUUUCAACCAAAGAAAUGCGAGUUGGUCACCCGCGCUUUAGGGCAGGUCGCCGGUUAUCACGCGCAGUUCCUAUCAGCCUUUUCUCAGUAUUUUUCUUUUCUCUGAUUGGCUGCUGUGAUCACUUUUGUUCUGUUUUCACGACUCUUCAUUCAAAAGCUUACAAUCUCACAAAUACUGAGACCCACAUAACCACUAAUUACCAAACACAUUACGAGCUCGAGAUUUCUAUCGUGUGAUGGUUGAAGGGGGUGAGGCCAAAUCAACGCAUAGAAACCGAGAUCAGAUGUUCUCACUAGUCGUUCAAAACUUGACAAAAACACACGCUGAUGAUUUUCUUUCCUUUAAUACUGUACAAUGUUAAGCUUCUCACUUGUCUCACUAUUUAUUUAACAAGUAGGUUCCAUGCUGCUGCGCGGUUGUUCAGCAAAUAUAUCAAAGAUGACGUCAGAAUGUGGUAACAAUAAAAAGUGGCACACGAGGCGCAAUGAUUGUGUCACUGGUGUUCUUCCCACCUUUUGAUGUCUUUUGUGAUCUAUUACUAGGGACCUUAAGCAGUCAGGACGGCAACGCCAAGAAAGACUUCGAUUAAAAAAUGAAUUUCUGCCUUUGAUUAGAAUCUCAAAAAUGGCUGUAUGUGUUUACCGUCUCAUGCGGCGCCACAGCUCAACUUCAGCAUAACGUAUAAAAGAAGUGUUAAGUUCCAAAUGGAAAUAAAAAUUUCGGUUCGCAGACGACGCAAAUUGUGGUGAUUUCACGUGGUUGUUUUGCAUAGGACGGCCGAGAAAUGUACAAAAUUUUAAAACGCACGUGCUGAGCUAUUGUUCUGCCAAUUAGAUCUUUUGUUUUUCCAUGUCCUCGUUGUCGUCACCGUCGUGGUUUGCUUAAGGUCCCUAAUCAAAACCUACGGAAUAGAUACGAAGCGAGUAGCGUAGCCAAUCAGAUUGCAGCAUUUGUGAUAGAACUCUCUGUUUAGGCCAAUCAUGCAGAUGCCAAGCUCCUUUCCAUUUUUCAGAAAGACUGCUUUACAUCCUCGUUCACCUACUAGACUCAAACACCUCGAGUGUACUUCUUUUGCAGGAGUCUCCAGAACCAUUAGAGGUUGAACGUUCUACAGGUGUAUUUGACAGCAGCAGCCAGUUAUUCAGACAAAACCUGAUGAUACUCUUAGGGGCUCUGGGCGUCUGUAUUCUGUUAGGUGUGGUGUGGGAAAUUAUAUAUCGUGUGAAAAAAAGAUUGAAAAUACAACCACAAGGUAAUUAACUACUUGAAACUUUCAAAAGCCAAUAAUUACCAUGGUACAUUCCCCUGGCCCUUUUCAGACUUGGGAGGUUUUUGUUGAUAUAGUGACCUCAAAAGUCUUGCGAUGGUAGGAACAAAUGCUACCAAUCAACUUUAAUUGUUUCAAAUUUUCCCGUCGUGAAAUAUUUCUGAGCUUAUUUAAGCUCUAGAGUGUAAAACCAAUUUGUUUUCUGAUUCAAAGUUUGGAAUCCCGUCAUAUCAAAAUUGCUUGGAUCUGCCCCUGUGACUGGUAAGAAUACAGACAAAGAUCAAAGACGUCGAGGCAAUUCUACAGUUUAACGAGAACACAAAAAUGAAAUAUAUAGCGUUUUCUAACUAGUUAUCCCACUAUCUAACUUUGGCGAGGACCACAGAGGUAGUACUUUAUGUGCAUGGAUGUUAGGCAAACUGAAAGGUUUGCAGGAGUUUUAGAUAUCUUAGGUUACGGUCAUACUCUUCCGGGUUUAAAACGUAUUUUGUUCUUUCCUUUGCAUUCCAGACAACAGACAAGUAAACCUGCUGUCCACAGAGAUAACACAAAUGGUUACGGACUUGAAAUCCCAGGUUUUCAAGUUGGCUCUGGAAUUAAAAGAAAAGCACAAACGCCAAAGACGAUGCCAUUUGACUGCGAAGAAGAACAGUCGAAAAUAUCAAUAUGAACAACUAGAACCAUCGACAAAAAAUUCUGCUAAAGACAGUUGUGAAGACGAAGACCUAAGCAGUGGAAUAGUUGCGGGCCCGCGAAUGUUUCAGAAAGCUGUUGGUGAACAGGAAAGCCUGCGGGAACAAAGUCCUGACCCUUGUCUAAUCGAAAAUUUAGCUCCUUUUCAUGUCAAAGGGGAAAAGCGAGAAAGCGAAGCAUGA